AGAAAAGAUUGAGGCUAUGUUAGAAAAUCUAAAGCGGGCAACAGGGCAGGCAGCUAAGCAAAAUAUGCACACCAAUAAAUAAAGCACCAAAAGAGAGAGUGAAGCCUUGCAAGCACGACGCUCUCUGUGGCACUCUAUCUAAUUUGCUUCUCCUAUCUCAUUCUCUCUCGUCCUCCCUCUCUCUUGCCCUGAAAUAGAUGAAGCAGAGCCAGAGAAAUUUAGUGUGCACCCAAAGCUUUUGAUGCACUCCCCCCUCUCUUUCCAAAGACUGAGCCUUGUUGUUGUUGUUGUUGUGUGUCUUGUGUCUCCUAACUUACUCCGCUCAGAGACUUGAGUGAGACUCAUUUGUUUUUUCUCGUUUGUCUUUGUUCCUGUAUGUGAUUUUUCUUUUUCAACUUAAAGACCCAAAAGAAAGAACAGAGAAGAAUCCAUUGUGGGAGUUCUUGUAAAUUUUAGCUCCGUCUCUCUGUUUCUCAGAUCUACCAGCCAGCUAGCCUUUCUUUCUCUUUCUAGUGCUGUACCUUUGUGUUUGUUUUACUUGAGUGGAAAAAUAUGAGUAAAGAAGAGUUCUUGAAGAUCCAGACUUGCGUUCUCAAAGUGAAUAUCCACUGUGAUGGAUGUAAACAGAAAGUCAAGAAAAUACUGCAGAAAAUUGAUGGGGUUUUCACUACAAACAUAGAAUCAGAGCAAGGGAAGGUAACAGUUUCAGGUAAUGUAGACCCGGCUGUACUGAUAAAGAAACUAGCAAAAUCAGGUAAACAUGCUGAGCUUUGGGGUGCCCCAAAGGGAAACAACAAUAACCAGAACCAGGCAGCCAACCAGAACAAGAACAUGCAAAUUGAUAAUGGCAAAGGAGGUAACAACAAAGGCCAAAAGGGUAAUAACCAAAACAAUAACAACCAGCAGCCCAAAGGUGGCCAACCAACCCCUCAGCAAAUCCAAAAUUUUCAGCAGCUUCAACAGAUGAAAGCAUUCCAAGAUAUGAAGUUGUCUCAAAUGAAGGACAUGAAAAUGGCUCCUAACCCCCAGCCGCAGCAGCAGCGGCAGCAGAAAAAUGUAAAAUUUGCACUGCCUGAAGACGAUGAAUUUGCACUGCCUGAAGACGAUGAUAUGACUGAUGAUGAGUAUGAUGAUAUGACUGAUGAUGAGUAUGAUGAAGAUGAGCUUGAUGAUGAGAUGGAUGAACCUCGACAUCAAUUUAGGAUGAAGCAAAUCAUGGUUAAUGGCCCUCAAGGUCCUGAUAACAUGAUGAUGAAUGGUAUACCUCCCCAGCUCCCGAACGCCCAAAAGGGUGCUCCAAAUGGUGGUGCGAAUGGUAAAAAAGGUGGUGCCGGGGGAGGUGGUAAUGGAGCUGUGCCUGUUCAGAUAAAUAUGGGUGGCGGUGAGGGUAAAAAUGGAAAUGGAGGGAAAAAAGGUGGAGGUGGAGGUGGAGGUGGUGGUGGUGGUGGAAAUCAAAAUCAAGGUGGCAAAAAUGGUAAUAAUGGAGGUGGUGCCGGUGGUAACAAGAACAGCAAUGGUGGUAAUGGUAAUAACAUGCAAAUGAAUGGGGGUAGAAAGGGAAAUAACGGGGUUGGUGGUGCUAUGAGUGAUGGAUUUCAGAAAAUGGGUGGACCCCAAGUAAACAUGGGCCAAAUGGGCGGCAUGCCCAUGGGCCAAAUGGGUGGCAUCCCUGCAGUUCAAGGUCUGCCAGCUUCGGCUGCCAUUGGUGGUGCAGCCGGUGGUGGCGCUAAUGGAUACUUCCAAGGAGCUGGACCGGAUCUCCUACCUGGUAACCCAUACCAGCAGCAGCAGUACAUUGCAGCAGUGAUGAACCAACAAAGGGCAAUGGGUAAUGAGAGGUUCCAGCCCAUGAUGUAUGCGAGGCCCCCACCUGCUGUAAAUUACAUGCCUCAACACCCACAGCCAUACCCGUAUCCAUACCCAUACCCGCACCCGCACCCAAAUGGGAACGAUCCAUACACCAACCUUUUCAGUGAUGAGAACACCUCAAGUUGUGAUGUUAUGUAAAGGCUCGCAGCUGCUGCUGGUGGUGGUUCAGGUUAUAGAUUCAACCAACUUGGAGUGACUAGAAAGUUCUGAAUGCCUAUACAUGCAUGAAAAUGGGUUUUCAUUGUAGUUUUUAAUAUUUUUUCCUCUUUGAUUUUUUCACUUUUUUAUAUUCUGUUUUGGUCCAAGUGGAAUUAGGGUUUUUAAUUAUGACCAAA